UAAUUUUGUGCUGUUGUGUCCCCCGGCCACCCGGAUGUCUCUGCGGGCCGAAACGUAUCUGGCACUGUGCUUGAUCGAUGCGAUCGAGGACAGCAAUCUUGAUGCGCUGCGGCUGCUUCUGGAAAAACACCAUGCGAAUCCGAACACCAUUAUUCCGGAGAAGGAUGUGGCGCCCAUACAUCUGGUGAUCGGUGCCGAUCACGAACCGUUCGCAGAGCGGGCCACCUCUCUGAUGCUGCAGUUUGGUGGCAACGCUAACCUGGCCUCGGUUGAGCAACGGCUUACGCCGCUCCACGUCGCAGCAAGCCUUGGCCGUGCCGGGAUCGCACGCCUUUUGUUGAAAGCUGGCGGAAAUGUGGAGCUCCUGGAUGACGAGGACCGAACACCGAUCGAGCACGCCAUCGAGGAGGGUCACUAUGAGGUACUGGCGUUGCUUAAAAACCACGUCUUUGAGCAGAAAAUCGAACGUCGGCGGAAGAAACUGUUGCAGGAACAGGAACAGCAACAGCAACAACAGCAAUUGUGUCCAGCGGCAUCAGAGAUGAGUUCGCUGCUCGCUUCCCCGAGUAUGCGUCUUCGGAAAGGAUUUGCCGAGAAGAUGGCUCCGCUUCCGGGGAAAACACUAUCGCACGCUCUGCAGGAGCUGGAUGAGAACGUACUAACGCCGAACAAGAUCCAUUACAACUUUGAUGUUACGAGUCCCUAUUACGUCAAUAUAACGCACCGACGAAAAGAUAGAAAGAAGCACAACCAUAACUCGGUAAGCCAAACGCUUUUCCUUCCGGACGGUCAGGAAAACAGUACACCACCGGCUGCCGGUGGCCAGUGUGAUGAUGAUGGCCCACCACCGGGCCCCGAACGAACGAAUCUGUUCGAGCUAACGGAACGAAAUCUGCGCAACUUUACACGCGACGACGAUGAGCGGCGCAGUGACCGCCGGCGCUCUUCGUUCAUCGAAUGCUGGAGGGAACAGAUCGCUGAGUUGCGGGGUCGCACUCGGAUUAGCUGCCGGAUGGAUGAUAUCGAUCGGAUUCUGGCUAGUUUCACGGAAACCCCAAACCAAACGGCAUACCUCGAUGCGGUAGAUGAGAGCUUCCGGACGGCGCAAGAGGUGGAACCGUCGAACCAUCCAGUGGCAACAAAAAAGCAGGAACACGAGGACCAGGAGCUCGAACAGGACCAACCGGCCAAUGUUGAAAUACCAAUGGAAGCUCUACAGAAGGACGAGGAUCGUGAUGAUGAUGAUUUGCGGGAACAGGAAGUUUGCGAGGUGAUAGCGAUCGUCGACAGCAGUCACGAGGAUGAUGUUGAUGAUGACAAGCCGGUGAACGACGCCACCACCAUGCCUCCGCCGCCAACACCAGCAGCACAAUUAGUUCCACAGAUACAGAUCACCACCGAUACCGUCGCGACGUGGUCAUUUCCAGUGAAAAGAAAUCCCUCGAUUACGAGCCAAUCGACGGUUGUAACGCUGCCACCACUCGACUACGAUACGGAUGCUUUGCGUGCGGAACUAACCCAAUACGGUGAACCACCGGGACCGAUCACAAAGCACACGAAGAAGCUGUACCUCCGGAAGCUCAUCAAAUGUCGCCGCCAUCCGGAACGAGUGACCGCUGCGGCGUCGGCGCGUGCUCUUGGCAGCAAAAAUUACUCCGUGGAACUGAUGACCACUGUACGGCGGGAGGAAACGUUCAGCAAGAUCACCGAAGAUCACCAACCGCUCGAGCGGGAGAUGGCUUCCGAGUUUCAAUCGAGUAACGGGGCACGGACUCGCCAGUUCCGCGAGGGUCACCAGAAGAAGAGCUUCAUCUAUCUGUUGCUUGAUCCGCGUAUUACCGACAACCUGCCAGCCCAGCAGCAGCAACAACCAAACACUCAGCAUGAACUCUGGAAGUGUUUCCUAUCGGCCGUGUUUUACGUUGGCAAAGGCAAAAGCAGCCGUCCUUACAACCAUCUACACGAUGCAUUGAAGCUGUAUCGACCUACGACGGGUACCGGGAAUAUGGCCCGGAAUCCCAUUGAAGAGCCUGUCGAAGAGGACGAUGGCUUGUUGGUGGACGAAACAGAAAUCGUAGAAAAAUGCCAACUAGAAGCGACAACGAAGAGGCUAACGGUGGCGCCAACAAGGGAAGCAGCAACAAUUCCCGCCGCCGAGGUGGAGAAGUCCGAUAGUCGGAAGCUGAACCGCAUCCUCGAUAUUUGGGCGGCCAGUAAAGGGGUCGUCUGUUUGCACGUCUUCCACAACAUCAUGCCGGCCGAAGCGUAUACCCGCGAAGCGGCCAUUAUCGAUGCGAUUCGGCUCGCCAAUCUGACCAACCUGAAGCGUGGCGAUUACUAUGGCAAGUGCGUUUCGUGGCCGUUGAAGCGCCGGAAGCAGCUCGGUAUACUGUUGCUCUGGAAGGCGUUUCUCAUCUAUCUGGCCGAAGGUGAAACGCAACUGCUGCCCGGUGAUUUAGUAUGACUGUCCGGGACCCUCUCUUCCCGCCAACCCUUCAGUACUUGUGAUAGACAAACCAAGGAACCCCAGAAAAUACUUUUCAAAAUCCUUGGCCUUGCCACCACCCUGCGCUCAUUGACUAGUUUUUUUUUAGACAAUAAAUGAUCUUCUUUUUGG